UUCAAUACGUGUGACACCACUGCGGAUGUGUAUGAAACGUUGUUAGUAUUCUUUGCUGCUUUUAAGUUUCAAGUACGCUUUAAUUGACAGUCGGUUGGUUUCGGUAACGAUAUACUUAAGUUAUAAAAUCUAUACGCCGCAGAUAAACGAAUUCAUGUGACACGUGAAUAAGUUUCUGAAAGGCAUCGGUGCAGCUGCCGCUGUACUUUUCCUACAGUAGUGUUGAAACGAGUACAUAAACGAUAUUUGUGCAAUUUUAAAGUAAAGGCCAUCACCGAAGUAGAGUGGUUAACAAACAGCAACAAUGAGCGACGAUCAAGGAAAUGAACUGUCUGAGACAGUUGAGUUAUCUUCAAACGAUAUUGAAAAAAUGGAAGAAGCAAAGUUGAGGGCAAAAUUUCCAAAUCCAGGACGUCCAAUAAGUGGGCACUCGGCAUUUCUGCAAAAGAGAUUAGCUAAAGGGCAAAAAUAUUUUGAUUCUGGAGAUUAUCAAAUGGCAAAGCAAAAAUAUACAGCUAAACCAAAGCCAGCUGGUGUUUUGCCAACAGGUGAUGCUAUACCUACACCUGAAACAGUACCACAGCGAAAAACAUCUAUCAUACAACAAAAAUUUAACACAACAAGUACUUCAUAAAUAUUUUUUUACACACACAAAAUGUAACACCAACGACGUGGUGCGAUUGUACACAAUCCGAAUUUGAGACAAUUCAAUACCUUCAUAUUUUAUAGAUUACAUUAUUUUAAAAGUUUAGGGUUUCUAACAUUUUAUAAAUGCUUAUGUAUCUUUGUCGAUGCUUUGAUGUAAAAAGUUUACGUUUUCAUCAAUAUGUAUAUUUUUUUAAUAGAGUGCGUGCCAUUUUCUGAACCAUCUAGUAUUUGAAGGCACUUAGAGAAAAAAGUUACAUCAUUUCAUAAUAAACUAUUCUACAUAAAAUUCUA